UGGAAUGAUUGAUGCCGGAUGUUCAGUCUCUCCUCUUUCUGAACCUCAUGCAAUGAUAGCGAUGUCCUCCGGUCCUCUUCAUCUUGUCUUCCACCAUCAAAGCCACUAAUAUCGAAGCCGGCAUCGAAACACAGCCAUGGCCACCCUCAGACUCUCAAGAACGCACUUCUCCCUUUCUCUUCCCCGCAAAACCUUUUCCUUCUCCUCCUCCACCUCCAACCCACCCUGGUACAAGUAUACACCCCCUUCGCCAUCUCGCCAACACGACCCGCUACUCUCAGCAAUCUCUGAGGCCAUUCUCAACACCAAAGGAAAGCCCGGCGACUACUCUCUCAGAAAACUCCUUCCCUCCCUCACAGCCAAUCACAUAAUCAACCUCAUCAACCUCAACCCCCACUCUCUCCCCCCACAUUCUCUCCUCUCUUUCUUCGACUGGCUCUCUUCCCAGCCUACCUUCCGCCACACCCUCCACUCCUACUGCACCAUGAUCCACUUCCUAUCCACCCGUAACAUGCUCCCAAAAGUCCAGUCCCUUCUUCACUUCGUUGUCUCCCGGAAAGGCAAGGCCUCGGCGUGCUCAGUCUUUGCUUGCGUUAUCGAAACCAAAGGUACCAAUUGCUCCAGUUUUGUGUUUGAUGCUUUGAUGUAUGCGUAUGCGGAUAAUGGGUUUGUAUCAGAUGCUAUUCAGUGCUUUAGAUUGAUCAGGAAGCAUAAUUUUGGAUUCCCAUUUCGUGGUUGUGGGUAUUUGCUUGAUAAGAUGAUGAAGUCAAACUCGCCCGCUUCGGCGUGGGCAUUUUAUAAGGAGAUUUUGGAUUGUGGUUAUCCGCCUACUGUAUAUAAUUUCAAUGUCUUGAUGCAUAAAAUGUGUAAAGAGGGUAAGCUUAAAGAAGCUCAGCUGGUAUUUGAUGAAAUUGAGAAGUGGGCUUUGCGUCCUACAGUUGUUAGUUUCAAUACUUUGAUUAAUGGUUAUUGCAAGUCUGGGGAGUUAAAAGUGGGGUUUAGGUUGAAGAGGGUCAUGGAGGAGAGUGGCAUGUGUUCUGAUGUUUUCACUUACAGUGCGUUGAUUAAUGGGCUGUGUAAGGAUGGUAGGCUGGACGAUGCAAAUAAGCUGUUCGAUGAAAUGCAUGAGAGGGGGUUGGUUCCAAAUGAUGUUACUUUCACAACUUUGAUUGAUGGUCAAUGCAAGAAUGGGAGAAUUGAUUUAGCCAUGAAAGUUUAUCAGCAAAUGUUGAGGGAAGGUGUGAAACCUGAUUUGAUAACAUACAAUACACUGAUCAAUGGCCUUUGCAAGGUUGGAGAUUUGGAAAAAGGUCAGAAGCUUGUUGAUGAGAUGAGUGCAUGGGGUUUGAAACCUGACAAAAUCACAUACACUACACUAAUUGAUGGAUAUUGCAAGGAAGGAGAUUUAGAGUCGGCCAUGAAGACUAGGAAGGAAAUGAGUGAAGCAGGGAUUGAUCUUGAUAAUGUGGCUUUCACGGCUCUUAUUUCUGGGCUGUCUAGAGAGGGAAGAGUUGUUGAUGCAGAAAGAACUUUGAGGGAGAUGGUGAAUGCUGGUAUGAAGCCUGAUGAUGCAACGUAUACAAUGGUCAUGGAUGGUUUUUGUAAGAAGGGUGAUGUUAAAAUGAGUUUUAAGUUGCUCAAGGAGAUGCAGGGUGAUGGACAUGUUCCUGGAAUUGUAACGUAUAAUGUGCUUAUGAAUGGACUCUGUAAGCAGGGGCAGAUGAAAAAUGCUAAUAUGCUCCUAGAUGCCAUGCUUAAUUUGGGGGUGAUUCCGGAUGAUAUUACAUACAAUAUUCUGUUAGAAGGGCAUUGCAAGAAUGGUAACCCAGAGCAUUUUGAUAAAUUACGAAGUGAGAAAGGACUUAUUCCAGAUUAUGCUUCUUAUACUGCCCUAGUUAAUGAAUUCAGUAAAAGUUCAAAGGAUCGCCGCACGAGAUGAUUGUGACAUGUCUUCAAAAUUACAACUAUGAACGUUAGCUGGCUCAAUGGACUAGUGAAUACCUGACCUGUACAUGUAUAAGGAUAUUGAGAUAAUUUCUCUGCUCAGAGAACAAAAAAGAAUAGAGCAACUCAAGGUGAUUUCCAGUCACUGGAUGGUUUCCAGUCAGUAAGAAGCUACCAAAUCAUUGCUCAUGGACAUAGCUUGAAUAUCUAUGGCAGAAUUCUGAAACAGAGAAAAGAGAAUAGCUUUCAUUUUGCUGUCUUUUGACUCACGCCAAGUUGUUUGUGGCAAGAGCAACUGCAAUCUAGAAAACGCAUGAGCAAGAAUCAUCUACUGCCAUGCCUUUCAAUAUAUGUCCCUUGCCUGUUACUGCAGACACUCAAAGGGAACUCGUCCUCAACGUUGAGCAAUUCCUGCAGGUUGUAGUGUUAGCUUUUAUUUCUUUUACCAAAAGAACUUGAAGGUUAAAUCAUGAUAGAAGUGGAGAUUGGAUAUUAUACCUUUGAUCCCUGUAAGGGGAUUGCCGUGGAUGGUUAUAAAGUGUCUUGGGUUUUCAGACAGUCAAGGUUUUUAGUUUGCUUGAAAUAUGCAAGGUCCCAUGACUUAAGCAGAAUAUUUUUCUGCUUUCUGACUUCUUACUUCGAAUCCAGAAUCACGAAAAGGACUCAAGAUGGCAGGGUGAUAGCUUAACAUAUGACAUACCUGCCAAUGGUUUGUACAAGCAAGGGAAGUCGAAACAUGCUAAUGUAUGCUGCGCUUAACAAAGGGGUCCUUCCAAAUAACAUUAUAUGCAUCUGUCUACUAGGAUAUUUCAACCAUGAAAAACCAGAAGAUGUUGGUGAAUAACAAAGUGCCAUGGAGCUUCUUUCAGAUCUAUUAGGCAUCUUGUCCACUACUAAGUGAUUUCAUUCAGCUGUUCAGGUCACAUGAUGAUCGUCUUAAGUAGUUUGACCUCGUUGAUGAGUGGAUUUAAGUUUGGUAAUAGCUUACUUCUUUAAUGUGGAUAAUUUACAUGAAAAGAUUCGUCAGGUUCUAAAUUGGAAGAAGAUCAACAGCAAUUGUAGACACCACAUUUGAGAAGGUUAAUGUUAUAUUUAGCUAUGACAUCUCCAAGAAAAAACUUUCCUACCCUCAUAAUUUACUUGGAUAAUUGGCUGAAUAUUGAACAGAGUGCUAUUGAAUAGGUGCAGUGGGUUUGCUUGAAAGAGCUCAGUAGUUCAAGCAAGUUGAAUUUGAACUCACCAAACUGAAAUUGACAGGUUAAUAUAGCAUAUAGCUGCCGAUACAGUGAGUUUAUCCCGGUACCAUAUUAUGGCCAACAUAUAUAUAUUUUUCAUUUCUUUA